ACAUGCUGGGAAGGACCCCGAUGUCCCUCUGGGGUCACUGCGGGUGGCACUGGGAUGGCACAGAGGUGGCACGUGUCACCCCAGGGCUGUGGGGGGCACAGGGAAAGGCCAAGCCGUGCCCUGGGCAGGUGCCAGCGCGGGUCCCGCCGCUGCCAUCACGUUGCUGGCAGGGUCUGCCCCUCAUCCCCAUGGCAGGAAGGGGAGGGGACACCCCCGUGGGUGCCACACACGUGUCCGAGGUGCCACCCCCCCCUUGGCAGCGCCCGGUGCCAGCGGCUCGUCCCAAAAUAGCCCCAGCGGGGCCAUAAAAGCGGGGACAGCACGGAGAGGGGGUGACAGUGACACCAUGGUGGGGCCUGGCGUGGUUGGGGACUCCAGGGGGCUCCUCUCGGCCCGCCUGGGCUGCCGAGUGCAGGAGGAGGACGUGGGGCGGAAAGAGACCUUCAGUGCUGAGUGGAUGGACCUGGAGCUGCGGAGCCGGCCCGAGGAUGGGUGGUGCCGGCGGGAGUUGGACACGCAGCGCCGGGAGUCGCUGGAGCAGCGCGGGGCCGUGCGGGUGUUGGAGCAGCGCUCACCCUGGGGGCUGCUACGGCUGGGGGUCCUGGGGCAGCCCCUGACCCAGCACCUCCUUCCCUACGCCCGAACCUUCCCCGUGCCCCUCUUCGCCCCCUCAGACCUCCGCGGAGCCAAGGCGGGGAUCCCCCGCACCCUGUCCCGCUCCCUGUCCCACGAGGCGCAGCGGGGCUGAGCGCGGCGGAGGGGCCGGGGGAGGGAGGUCGGGGGGCACCAGGGUGAUUUUGGGGGGCUGGGGGGACCCACGAGCCUGGGUCUGCUCAGCCUCCCCGAAGAGGCAGCGCAGGAAGGCGGGGGCAGGUGGGGGUGGGUUCCCACUCGCCUGGGACCCCACCCCGCUGCGGGAAUCGUGGGGGCCGGUGGGGACGAGCACCCCGCGGGUCGGGGGGGUCCCGCCCUUCGGGGGGCUCCCGGCAGCUCCGGCGUGACUCAGUUUCCCUGGCGAAAAGAAGGGAAUGCGAGGAUGAGGAACGCUGAAAGCCUGGGGGGGCUGGAGGGGGGUUGUACAAACCAUGAUCUUUGUACGGCAAUAAAACGCCUAACUUGG